CGUGGUUGGCGCUACAUCUAAAGUACGGAUUGCGACGCUUUUCGCUCGAACGUUUUUUGCACGAGUUUUUUCCAUACGUAUUUGUUCAUUGACAAAAACUCAAGCUGCGCUCUGUGCGUGCGUGUGUGUGCCGAGUGUGUGUGAGUGUGCAUGAGCGGCCGCUUGUGUGAGUGCGGUGCUUUGUGUGCAGAAUAAUUUUUGCAAACAUUAUGUAAAUGCGCAAAUUAAAGUUCAAUCGACGCCAGUUUUUGAGUACGAAACCAGAUCGCCUUGCUUUAAGUGCCACGGAGCAACAGUUUAUAUUUUUUUGGGAAUAAAAACACCCCAAAAACUCCCCCACACCCACCCACAAAUUCUGACAGGAUCGAAAACGAUCCACCGGAUAUACCUUUACCGUUACGAAAAUCGAAAAUGGCCACGACAGCGGCCGCAAUGGCUGCUACGAGUGUUGUUGUACUAGAUCGGGGUAACAACACUACCUGUACCAUCAACUUGCACGGUGCCACAGUCGUGUCCUGGCGGGUAAACAAUCAGGAGCAGUUGUUUGUCAGCAAACUGGCCUCGUUCGAUGGCAAGAAGGCGAUACGUGGCGGGAUUCCCUUUGUCUUUCCUCAGUUCGGUGCUUGGUCCUUUGGACCCCAACAUGGAUUUGCGAGGAUUACGCGGUGGCACUUGGAGAGACCCCCAGACAGGCUGCACAACGGCGAUGUAGAGGCCAUAUUCUCGCUGAUGGACAACGACUUCACGCGAUCUAUUUGGAACUAUCAGUUCCGCAUCACCUACCGGCUGAUCCUGCGGGAAAAGGAGCUCCACUUCCACAUCGGCGUCUACAAUCCCAGCAAGGAGCUGAGCUUCACCUUCAACAUGCUGCUGCACACCUACCUAAAGGUGCCCGAUGUCCGCCGGUGCCAGAUCACGGGUCUCCAGGGCUGCCACUUCAUCGACAAGACGCGGGAGAACGCGCUUUACCAGGAGGGACGCGAGGUGGUGACCGUCAACGAGUGGACCGACCGGAUCUACCAGCACACGCCACAGGAGCACGUCAUAACCAACGUGGUGUCCGGCCGUAAGAUGAGACUGCACAAGUACAACUUUCCCGACACGGUCAUCUGGAAUCCUUGGAUCGAUCGAUCCCGUGAGAUGAGUGACUUCGGGGACGACGAGUUCCCCAACAUGUUGUGCGUGGAGGCGGGCAACGUGACCUCGCCCGUGAUCCUGCUGCCGGGCACCGCCUUCGAGGCCAGCCAGAUCCUUCAGCAAUUCAAGUGUCCCUAUACUAUAAACUCAUCCAACUGGAAGGGCAAUCUAACCGAUUUCAUUCAAUACGACUAGAGUCACUCUUUCCAUCUCCAUACUCCAAUUCAAAUUCUUUACUUUGCAUGCUAUCAGAUCAUCAUCGAGGGCAAUGUUAGUCGCAAGACCAAGCGGAAUCGCUAGCGUUUAAAGAAUCGGAACCCGAUGAGGUAAACCGAUUCGCAACCAUGUCAAAGCGCACUUUUCCACAGAGAUCCAGGGGCAAUGGAUGCUCCCACAAGAUGGUGAUCCGCGCCAGGAGGAGCAGGAGGGAGCAUCAGGAUGAGGAGGAGGAGGGAGAGGCAGUGAACUGUUUGGUUGUUCCCGACUCUAAUCUAUUUCUUAAGUAAUCUUAAAUCCCUCUCUAGCAAUAUGUGUUGUGCAAGGAAUGAUAAAGGAAAGUACACUUAAUAACUUCGUUUACCAUCCUUA